GAGAGAGAGAGUUCACUGAGGAGGAAAUCUGUUCUCUCUCUCUCUGUUUCUGCUGUUUGAUGGUUUGGAGAAAUGAGACUGAAGAUCAUCAUCUACUGAGACCACAGACAGACAGACAGACAGACAGACAGACAGACAGACAUGGACAAACAGAAAGUGCUGGCCAGGCUGAUCUGGGACCUGCCGUCCUUCCUGUCUGUUCUGGACUCAGAGAACUUGAGUUACAUCGCUCAGGCUCAGAAGAAAUCCAUCAGCGAGCUUCUGUCCAAACUGCAAACCAACGACACUCCCGUGGAAGAUGCUGAGUACAUGAUCAUGAGCUGUCCGUCAUCCAGCAGCGAGCUGACAGACACACCUGGGACAGAAGGCGUCCGGUCCUCAGAGCUGCUCUUACCUCAGGACCUGCCUGUGUGGCUGACCAACGGGGGCCCUGUGGUGCCUCCUCUCCCUCCAGGAGGUCUGGGAGCUGACGAUGAUGAAGAUACCUACGAGGAGGCGGAGCCUUACCUCCCCGACACGACCACGACCAACACAGAGAGGGCGGAGUCAGACAGCAGUCACUACGAGUCGUACGGCGAGGACGAGGAGGAGGAGGAGGAACCUGUGAAGGACAGAGCUCACUACAUCCAAUGGAGCGCCUCACAGCCCUGCCUAAGGCCCGCCCCCGAGUCCCGCCUCUGUGGCUACCUGUGGAAGAGGAAGUGGCUCGGCCAGUGGACCAAACAGCUGUUCAUCAUCCGCAGCCAUGUGCUGCUGUGCUAUAAGUGUGCUCAGGACCUGCUCCCUCAGCUGGAGGUGAGUCUUCGUGGCUGUCAGCUCGUCUACAAGUCGAAGAGCAACAGGAAGAUCCAGCACCAGAUCAAACUGGUUCCAGUGGGAGCAGAGACUCUGGUACUGGGAUACCACAGCUACCAGCAGGCUGACGAGUGGAGGAGGGUGAUAGAGGAGGUGAGUGUUGGAGCUGAAGACUCUCGGAGCUCGUUGUCUCUGAUCAGAUCAGACCAGCUGCUGUCCUGCAGGUCCAGUUCAGUGCUGACUGUGUCUGAGGAGGAGAAACCUCCAGCUGGCUGCAGCCUCCACCCAGACAAAGGUGUGCUGAGCGUGCUGAUGAACUGUCAGUGGCAGAGUUUGGUAUGUCAGGUGGAGGCGGGGCUCCUCAACAUGUUCGGAGAGGAGGAGCAGCAGGAGGAGCAGCAGGAGGUGCAGAGGUCUCCUCAGUACACAGUGCAGCUCCGUGGCUGUGACGUCAGAGCCGGGCCCGACACGGAGCGCUCCUACAGAAUCACACUGAGCAUGCUCGGUGACCAGGUGGCCGUGCUGGAGGUGAGCACUUCAGGUGAGAAGGAGCGUUGGUUGAAGCUGCUGCAGGACGGAGCUGCCAAUCACAGUCACCAUGACGACAGCUCACAGCAGCUCACAGGUGGAGCUCUCAGCGGUCUGCAGACUCGCAGGUUUCCCGCCUCCAACACCUACAUGGACGACCCGUUCAGUCUGAGCGGGACGGGCCGGGACCAGCCCAUCUACUCCAACACCCCCGUCCUGGAGCUCAUGCUGCAGAGCUCUCAGGACUCUCUGCGCUGCAGCUCCGUGUCGUCCAGAGACUCAGUGACCUACAGCAACACGGUGUUCAGCGCCGCGCACAACAGGAAGUCGGUGGAGGUGGAGCGCGGCGUCCAGAAGCUGGAGCUGACGGGGAAGAGGACGGUGCCGCUGAGGGCCGGCUCAGAGAUCAACCUGGCGUCUGCCAGCAAGCAAAACAAACGCACCUCCUUCAGACAGUCACUGGCCGUCUGCAGCGAGCGCGCUCAGGCUGGUUUCCUGAACCCUCUCCUGCGGCGGACAGCGUCGGCUAAAAACUCUCUGAGACGAGCUCCUUCAGCGCUGUUCAUAGAACACGGAAAGGUUUUUCAGAGGAGGAAGGAAUGGGAAACCAAAGCUGCUGCUUGACACUGAACGUCCAUCAUUACAUCAUCAUUACAUCAUCACAUCAUUCUCCUCCUACAGUCCUCUCAGCUGAAGAACCUUCUAAAAUCCAACAGGGACUCAAUUUAAAGUGACAAACUGAGCUGUUUUCAAUCAUAAAUAUUAGUGAAUAUCUCUACAGCAGGCUGAAAAAAAAAAUAAAACUUCAGUUUCACAGGUUUGCAGCAGGUUUGCGGCCCCGCCCCUCUGUGCGUGAGAUGUUUUGACUGUUAUGAUCUCAACAUGCAGGCUCUGAAAGAGCAUUCACCACUCCAUAUCGAAUGUUUAAUGUGACUGAGACGCAGCCGGUUUAAUAUUUUAUGGCUUUGUUGCCGGGAAACCUUCGAGUUCCAGAACUUUACGAUUCACCUGAAAAGAUACGAAGUGUUGACCAGACAGCCUGAACUUAAGAACUGUUUCUAAUCACCGGCUUGAAUUGAAGUUUUCUUCCUCAGAGGAUGAAAUGUGCCGUGGAGGAAGUGUUUGUGCUGCCUGCAGCUAUGUUAAAUUGUUUUUUCAUCACAUUGACAGAAAUGGUUCUUUAGAAAGUCAUGUAAUCAACAUGUUGGUUCAUAUAAACACCUGAUGUACAGUCUGCACCGCUGGUCUUUGUUACUAUUUCUUGUUCCAGUCUCAUUAAAGCCUUUUUUGUUGUUGCAGCAAACAGUAUUUAUUUCUGUGUUCUUUAAACCAACAAAUGAGCCGCCAGCUCUCACUGUUUUAAAGUCGCUCAAAGGAACCUGCAGGCUGAACUUUAUGUUUCAUUAAAGUCUGUAAAACUUUUAUUGUGAAUUUCAGGUCGAUUUAUUUCCAUUGUCUUUAGUCUCAUGAUCUGUUUGAUGUGAUUUUGUCUGAACUAAAAACACUUUUAUAAAUCUUUUUCUGGAUGAUUUGUACAAUGUUUAAUUCUACACCUGAUGAAUUAUGUUUAUUAUGUUUAUUAUUAUGUUUAUUUCCAUGACUGUCACUUAUUUGUAUUGUUUUUAUAUUUACUGGAUUUUAUAAUAAUCUCAGGAGAAUGUUUGUUUGUGUGUUUGCUUGUUUGUUCGUUGAUGUCGGACUAAACACUGAUCUGUAAAAUAUUCUUUCAUAUUAAAAACUGAAAUUUUA